AUGAGUAUUCUUGAGGACUUACGUUUUCUUAUAACACGAACCAACGUCGAAGACCUGCUAAAUAGAGUCCCUUCUGUUUACCUUACAGCAAAUUCCAAGAAACCUUUCCUCUUUAGUUCAACUGAUAGAUACAUUUUAUACCUGUCAAUUGCCGUUCUUGGAACCUUGUUCUACAUUCUCUAUCCAUCAUUUCCGACUGCAAAAAACAAAAGCAUCAUGUUCUCGAAAAGACCCGAUAAACAUACGACUGGCUUAAUUAAUUUGAGAAAUGAUUGUUUCGCCAACUCUUCGGUACAAGCCUAUUCCGCCCUACCUGGUUUGACAGAGUACCUUAACAAAUUUAUCGGAACUUAUCGGGAUACAAUUAAACAAAUUGACUCCCUUGGUAUUGAUUUAGAUACAGUUAUCACAUCGGAUGACUUGGAAGUUGGCUCUCAUUCAAGAUUCAAAUUCAAAGAAGAAGGUGAUGGCCCGGCAAAGCCAAAAGACCACUUCAAGAUUAACCUCCACAUAGCAUUGGCAAAAAUUAUGAAAAAGCUCCAAGCUACCCAAUUAACAUCGAGGACUAUCUCUGUAUGGACGUUUUUACAUGAGUUGGAAAGGAUUUAUAGUGCAAAGAUAUCAAGGUCGCAACAUGACGCCCAUGAAUUGACUCAACUCAUCAACGAAACAUUGGAGACUGAAAAUCUUCUCUGUAUAAGAAUCUUGAAAAAAGUCAAAGAUUCUUGCUCUUCCAACAUAGCAAUGUCAGAAGCAUUGGCUCUGCUCGAAUUUCCAGACUUUCCCUUCAACGGAUUAACAUUGUCGCAAAUGAAAUGUUUGAGCUGCUCUCACGUUUCGAAGCCAAACAUCACUCCUUUUUUGAUGUUAACACUUCAUCCUCCUCAGGAAACAAGUACAGAUUUGGAGACACUAUUGGAUGAUAAUGAGUCAGAAACUAUAAAUGGAUAUCAGUGUUUGAAAUGCCGGUUACUCAGAAUCGUGGAAAACGAAAAGGAGUACACAUCUCGAGGUAAUAAAAAUCCUCCUAAUGAGCAAGAGUUUAUUAAUAAACUCCAAGAAUUGAAUGAGAAUGAUGGCUUGUUUAUUAAUGAAGAUUUGCCUACUGACUUGGAGAAUUACGUCAAGGAAUACAAUAAGAUGGGGUUGGAUAUUUCCAGUGUCACUUCAAAUGUUUUCCGCAAAACGCAGAUAUUGAAGCCUCCAAAAGUUUUCGGAAUUCACUUGUCUCGCUCGGCUUUCAAUGGAGUGACAAUUAGUAGAAAUCCCUGCCGUGUGUCCUUCAAUGAUAAGCUAUCUUUAUCUAUUGAUGAUGAACAUUUAGCCACCUUGCAAAAGUUUCAAGAAUAUGCUUUGAACGGGGAAUUAUCCAAGUCAUCCAUGAAAGUGCUUACUACGGAUGUAAAUGAUAUGGAAGAUGAAAACGUGCAAAGAGAAGACAUUGAUGAGCUCGGUGAAGAUGAUGAGAAAAGCGAUUUAGAUGAUUCCACGAAUACCGAAGAUGAACUGACAGAUCUGGAUGAUACUGAUACAGGCACAGUUUACUCGGAGCUGACUGUUCCUCCUUCUUUGGAUACAGCGGCUACAGCCCCACAAUCUGAUACGGUUGAUGGAAUGCCGUACACAAAAGACCAGACAAUGAGCCUUUUAAGGCACUUUCACAAUUUUAAGUUUCAUGAUAACAAUGUUUACAAGUACAGGCUCAAGGCUGUUAUACGGCAUCAAGGCUCCCAUACGCAAGGACAUUAUGAAUGCUACAAACGAAAACCUCUCUUUGUUAAAGAUAGCGAGGGAAGUAUCAUAAAACUUUCUCCUGAAAUUGAUGAUGACUACAUUCAAGAAGUUGAAGAUAUUUUAGCAAAGCCCGUUGAAGGUACGACUCUGAAACCUAGAUCACUGUCAUCUUCUAGUGAUGCUCUGUGGUCCAGUGAAGAGUCUAACAAGGGCAACUUCCGACGUAAGUUAUCCAUGAUGAUUGGCCGUCGACCUUCGAUAGUUCAAGCGGACCCGGAGGAAGCAAAUGUGCACGAGAUUAUAGACUCUGGAUUAACAACACCUGCAGAAGUUUUGGUAGAUGGAGGAGACUACUUUCAUUUAAAUGCUCGGGAUGUUAAAGAACAGCUCAACAAUAUGUCUGCUUCUGAGCAUCAAACUUCUAGAGUGAAGAUGAAGAAAAUCCCUUCCAUAAUUAAAUUUCCAUUCUGGAGAAUUGGAGAUGCACAAGUAUCCGAAGUUUCCCGUUCUGCUGUAUUAUUUGAAACUUCUAGUGUCUAUAUGCUCUAUUACGAGCGUAUAGAUCGCAAACAAAUCAAGCGCUAA